CCUCUCUCUGUCAGUGCGUGCGUUCUGCAUGCGUCAAGGGAGCACCGUGCGUAACGGGGGAGAGUCGUGCGUAACUGGAGACAGAUUUCACUCCAUUUUGCGCUGGGAUUCUGAGGACCACUGGCGGUGCAACGCUCACUUGCAAGGACACUGACCGUUGGAUCCUGAUAUAUUUUUCACUUUUGAAUUAUCUCACGGCUAGUCUUUUUUCCCUCCCUCUCUCCACUCUUAGCCAGUCGUACGUCAGAGCUGACAUGACGACCGAGACCCCUCAGCAGCAGCUGGACCCUCCGCCUCCUCUGAGAUCCAGCCCGGCGUCCGGCGCCCUGCACCCCGCCAUGCUAAGCCCACAGGCCGCCACAGAAAGUCCGUCCACCAUUAAAGGAAAGAAGACGACCUCCGGUUUAAGGCGACCGGAAAAGCCGCCGUACUCCUACAUUGCUCUCAUCGUUAUGGCAAUACAGAGCUCCCCCACCAAGCGACUGACACUCAGUGAGAUCUACCAGUUCCUCCAGGCUCGCUUCCCAUUCUUCAGGGGCUCAUAUCAGGGCUGGAAGAACUCGGUCCGGCAUAAUUUGUCGCUGAACGAGUGCUUCAUCAAGCUGCCCAAGGGGCUGGGCAGGCCGGGGAAAGGCCACUACUGGACCAUCGACCCGGGCAGCGAGUUCAUGUUCGAGGAAGGCUCGUUUCGUCGCAGACCCAGAGGCUUCAGAAGGAAGUGUCAAGCUCUGAAGCCCAUGUAUCGGAUGAUGAACGGCAUAGGAUUUGGCACCUCCAUUCUUCCGCAGAGUUUUGACUUUCAAGCUCCAUCUGCCACUCUCGCCUGUCACAGCAACAGCUACAACUUGGACAUGAUGAGCAAUUCAAUGGCCGCGGGGUACGACGGGCUGAGCGGCGGCCACCACGUACCCCACAUGUCCCCGAGCCCCGGUUCCACAUACAUGGCGAGCUGUCCCGUGCCGUCUAACGGGGAGUACGGAGCGGACAGCAGCAGCAGCCCCGUACCGUCCUCUCCAGCCAUGGCCAGCGCGCUGGACGGCCACUCCCCGUACGCGAGUUCAUCCGCACACUGGGCGUCCUCCGGCGGGUCCCCCUACAUCAAACAGCAGCCUCUAACCUCCAGCAGUCCCGCAUCCUCUGGUUUACACUCCGGCAUGUCGCCUUACUCCCUGGAGCAGAGCUAUCUUCACCAGAACGGCAGGGACAGCCACAGCAACGACAUAUCAGUGGGGAUCCCGCGUUAUCAGAGCCAUUCCUCGGUGUGCGACAGGAAAGAUUUCGUGCUAAACUUUAACGGCAUCUCCUCCUUCCACCCCUCGACUGGCGGUUCCUACUACCACCAUCACCACCAUCACCAUCCCCAGAGCGUCUGUCAGGACAUCAAACCCUGCGUGAUGUGAGCUCUCCUGUCACUGUGGAACUGCAGCUCCGUCUGAACAAACAAGCAGACAUUUCUUUUUUACUUUUACUUAUUUUUUUGGAGGAUUCAUACGAGGAUGUACCGUGGCGUCCGCACUCACACGUUUGCCUCUUACAUGCACCCAAAGUAGCUUUCUUGGUUGGACUUGAGAAAACUAUGCAUUGAAGGAAAUGAAUGAAGAAACCCCAGUGGCCUUUAAAAAAGAAAAAGAAUAGAAAUACCACUCUGCCCAUAUGAACUCUGACAAGCGAUUUCUUCUUCAAAAGAAGCUUCAGAAACACGACUUUUAAAUGUGUUUGCUCUUGUAACACGUGCAAACUUUAUAUUCUAUGUAACUAUGUGCUAUCCUAUUAGAGUAACUACACACACGACGCUUUAGGCUAACAUGAACUGCAACAAACCUUGCACUUAUUGUAUAACCCUUUGCCAACUUUCUGUCCUGUAAAAGGUUUCAAUAAAGCUGAUAUAUAUUUUA